CGUUCUGCUAAGAAACAUCCAGGCAAGGCGACGCCUUUGCGGCGCCGCCGUGAUUUGGAGGCUUCAACCGCAUGGGGUGCCAUUGGCGAGACCGCUUCCAAGAACAUGCAGACAUGACAGUACAUCUACGGCCUGUGCCCGUCGAGAGCUGAUGGAGGUUGCACCCGACUUUCCGCGUUUAUUCAGCACGCAAGAUGUUCAAGGCACUCCUCUUCGCAACAGUCGCUGGCGUUGGAGCUGCCAAUGGUCCUGCUCCCGCACCAGAGUUGAUCGCCAGGAACAAUAAUCCGCCGUCAUACCUUUGCUCAAAUUUCAACAAGAAAUGCUCCGGCAACAAGGCAAAAGCGUCAGUGACCGCGUACUGCUCUUCGCUGCUCAAGGUCCCCAAGAGCACUACGACCAAGAAAUCGACUGUGUAUUGCACCACAACCAAAACCACAGUUGUUGCUACAAUCACAAAGCCGGCGAGCGUUGUCACGAGCACUGUAUCUUGCGCUGCUCCGGCCACAACGCCACCCAUUGACGAUGAACCUACCGACGGCGGCGACGAGACACCAGAUCCGGAGGCCAAGAUCAAGCGCGAUGCCAACGCACCCAAAGGAUAUGGCCCGAAUACUGUGCACAAGCCGUCCUGCUUUGCCAGCUAUACCAAGUCUGCGCAGCUUACUUCCGCGUGCAAGUGUGCUUCAGUCAAGCCUCAAACCACCACAGUAACAUCGACUGUCAAGGUUACCAAAGAAGCGAAAUCUACAGUCUCCGUUACCUCUACGGUCACCGCAGAUGCCACCACCACCUAUGUUGUGCCUACUUUUGCCAUCGCGAACGAGGAUGACCAAUACUUGCGAACUGGUACCGACAAAGCUACACGAAGCGGAGUUGCCUUUGAUGAAGAGGACGCAGCACUUUUCUUCGAGCUGACUGAGACUGGUGUCCUGGUGUCUGAUUUCGGUGAAGUGGCCGUCGAACCCUUUCGCGAUGAGGGCGACCCUGAAAUUUAUCUUGAGGGUUCAGGUUCGCCUCUUCUCGAAAACCGCGAACCUCUUACCUGCAGCAUUUCCUACCAGGCUACCGACUCUACUUGCCCUCUUGUCUGCCAAUAUGAGGGCUCUGCGGAUCGAAAUCUGGUGGUGCCGGAAGACCGGGUCAGGCUUGGAAGGCCGCCUUGGUAUGUUGCUGAGCCCGACGAGGAGAAGGGUUUGACUGCCACUUUCAAGACAUACGCGGUCAGUCGCGGAGAAUGUGGGCGUGGCGGCCGCGGAGGCUUCGGAUGUCGUGGAGGCUCGAGAAUGAGGUCCAGGAGGACAAUGAGGUGAAGGAAAGGCUGAUAUUGGUUAUGGUAUAUGGCCGGACGUAGUCUGGCUGACAUUGUGAUUGGUAUGCAGCCGAACGAAGUUUAUCUUACAUCAUGUUGUCUUGUAACAUCUGAAACGUUUCAUCACACCCGACCUGCAGGUUCCUCUUAUUCUCUCCAUGAAUACUCGUGUUCAAUGACUCUCCCCCAAACGCCUGAGAAGAGUUCAAUACCCGCUGAGUAGACAACACUUCCGCGCUGUCAAGGAAUUUGUAUCCCAGCAGUCGCCUAUUGUUGGAAUCAGAAAUGCAAACACGAAGCCACAUGAAUUGCAUACCACAUCGUUGACAUGAUAUGGUUUCUCGCCGCCGAAUCUUCAAC